CACAAAUCAGAUUUUGUUUCUACUUUUCUACACAUUCCCCUUCUCUGUUAAUACACUUUUCCCAAUAUAUUGGCAGUUUCCUAAUCUCGUUUUCAUAAAAAGAUGCGGGGCGGGUAGCUAACCAGUUGCGCACAAAUCCCUCCACCUCUUCAUUGGUCUGAAAUCGCUCGCCUUCCAGUAAAUCUUUGAUUGGCCCAAACAUAUGAAAAUCACAAGGUGACAAAUCUGGACUGUAUGCAAGGUGUUCCAGCACUGUCCAGUGCAUUUCAUUGAUUUUGGCCUGUUUUAAAGCUGCCGUAUGAGGUUUAGCGUUAUCAUGCAGGAGCAACGCGUCUCGGAUGGGGUGUGCUCUCCUCUUUUGGCGAUAAGCGAGCUUUACCUGAUCGAGUAAGUUACAGUAGUAAGCCGCGUUUAUUGUUCUUCGCUCAUGCAAAAAAUCUACCAACAAAACUCCUCUCCAGUCCCAGAAAACGAUCGCUAAAACUUUGCUUGCAGACAGACGAGUUUUCUCCUUCACUGGGUUUGGUUCGUCUUUGUGCCGCUACUCCAUGCUUGCUCGUUUUGCACCAAGAUUUUACACGUGCCCACGAAAGCGUUUUAUUCCCGAACUGUGCUCGCAAUCUGCGUAGAAUUUCAGCAGGUUUCACGUUUUCGCGCGUAAGAAAUUUAAUGAUUAUUCUUUGAGCAACACUACUGUGUACCUUCGUUUCGCUCAUUGCGAUUGCUACUGGCCAAAUGAGAAUCGCGCCACUACCAGCCGCUUACAUGCUACUGAACAUUCCUACUCUAAUAUUAUAACAGGCGCGUUCACCUUGAAUGACUUUUCCAUUUAUAAUUUUAAAAUACUUGUUUAUAUUUGAUCCACCCAAGAGCUCUGAACGUCUGCCUAGAGCUCUAGCAACGUACUCUCCGGAUGUUAUUUUCGAUGAAACAACCAUUGCUUUAGUUGCUCAGGACAAGUUCCUAUUGAAUGAUAGGAAUAAAGUUAGACUCAUCGACAUGCUUAAGGUUUACCUGGAGAAGAAUAAAAUUCUAACAUUACAAGCAGACGAAGAUGCUGAUAUAUUAAUGGUAACCACAGCCAUUUCCAUAUCCUCUUCCUACGAAGUAGUGAAGAUCGUCGGCGAGGAUAUAUAUUCGUUGGUCUUAUAUUGUGGUUUGUUACGAUACGGAGGAGACCACAUGCUUUCAACAAACAGACCAAAUAACAAUAAUAUAUUUGUAAAAUGUGGGAGAGGAAAAAACACAGAUGUCAUCUACUCGACAAAUUCCUUUACGCAAUUAUCACAACUUGGAAUAGCACUGUUUUUUUACGCGUUUAGCGAUUGUGAUACAUCAGCACCUUUUGGCCAAGGAAAAAAGAAAUUUCUAUCGACAAUAAAAAAAUAGCGACGCCUCAAACAAAACGCAGAGGUUUUCUUGAGCUUCAAUGCCACAUCUGAGCAAGUUGUCGACGCAGGAGAUGCCUUCCUCGUUUCACUUUAUGGAGGCAACAGAGAAUCGCAAAAUCUUAGCGAUCUUCGCUUCCAGUUGUUCACUAGGGCAGCAGUUAAGCCCGACAUGAACCUCGCCAGAUUGCCUCUAACCGGGGAUGCUGCAAGAUUUCACUCUCUGCGAACAUACCGCCAGGUGAGAAUAAGUUUUUUGCUUGUAUUCCUUUCUUCUUCAGACCACAUUCUUUAUACAUGGUUCCUUAUUUUGUUGUUGAUUUGGUUCAGGUACAGAAGUGGCGGAGUACACAAGGCCUCGUUCCUUAACAGCUCCUCAAGCUCUGCUAUGAUUUUCUGUAAAAGCAAUACUUUCUUUUUUUUUUAAGUUUUUCAAACUUUUAAAUAGGCGUAUCUUAUAAACUAUUUGACCUACCAAAACCAAUUUAUUCACAUUUCAUUGCAAAUUUACUCUACUUAAAAAGUGUGCAUAGUAACUAUUGCCGUAACUCAGGUUCUUGGUGGUAAAAAUUGACAAAAACUGAAAAAAGUCCUAAAAUUUAAAGAAUUUUUUAAUAUUUAACAAUGAUCCGAAGGGCUUUCGGGGUGGAAAAUUUGGAUUUGUCAUUACCAUCUCAUCACUACCAACAUAUAAAAAAAAACAGAACUACCUCAUUUGAUGUAAGGCAAAAAGUACCAAUUCCAUGGACUAUAUUACGCAAUUAAAUUUGUAGAACGAUCUGAAGACGCUCAAACUUGUUAAAUUUUCUCGUUUUUAUUGC